CGCCCCCUUUUUUCAACCAAACCCGUGUUCCAUUUAAAAAAUAUAUAUUUAUAUUUAAAAAUUUCUCUUUUUUAUUGAUUCGUUUCUUAUUAAAGAUUGAAUUUUUAGGGUUUAUUCGUGGAAUCCUUCUCUGGAUUGGCCACGGUACGUUGAUCUGGAUCCAUCCAUUGUUUGAUAUCGUGGAAAUUUCCUCGAGGAUUGAUUGAUUAUUCAAUUGAUCCUCUUCGUCGGAGGGGAUUUGAUCGAGAUCACCCGCUUUUAUGGUUCGGAUUCAGUGAUCGAGGGGGAUUCUUGCGUUUUGUGAUCUUUCUGAAUGUAUUGGUGAGGUAUUUAACAUUGUAAGUUGUGGGAGCUCGAUGCUGUUGCUUUCUAUUGCGUGACAUUUAGGCAAGAGUUGAUUUGUUGCUUAUUCAUGGAUACAAAUCUUGUCAAAUUGAAAUGAAGUUAUAGGUGUUAAUGAGUGCAGAAGGACUGGAUGUGUGGAUGGUGAAUGAUAUUUGAAUAGAUGGCUUCACAUUUCAGUUCCUUCCUGCUGAUUCUCUUGGUUUUUGCAUUAUUUCAUGGUUUGACUGCGGGGUCUGAGAUUGAGGUCGGUCAAAAGGUUAGGACAGCCCCCCAUAGAAACUCAGGCAGUGCUGUUAUAGAUGGAUCUGGGAAAGAGGCCAGCUUUGAUGGUUCCAAGGAUAGUUUCCAGGGUUUUAAUGAGGGGAGGAUUGCUAAUGGCAAGGUGUCUGUGUCAGCAGUUUUGUGGCUUACACUUGCAAUGGCUGCGGCAACUGGUUUAGGUGCUGUGCCAUUCUUCUUUGUUGAGCUAGAACCACAAUGGGCGGGUGUUUGCAAUGGCAUGGCUGCUGGGGUGAUGUUGGCUGCAAGCUUUGAUCUGAUACAGGAAGGACAAACCUACGGGAGUGGAAAUUGGGUUGUGCUUGGCAUAUUGACGGGAGGGAUAUUCAUUAUACUCUGUAAAAAGUUCCUUGAGCAAUAUGGAGAUAUAAGCAUGCUGGACAUUAAGGGUGCUGAUGCAAGUAAAGUUGUUCUUGUGAUUGGCAUAAUGACCCUUCAUUCCUUUGGAGAGGGUUCUGGGGUUGGGGUAUCCUUUGCUGGUCCAAAAGGUCUUUCUCAAGGUCUUCUGGUGACAAUUGCUAUUGCUGUACACAACAUUCCUGAAGGUUUAGCUGUUAGCAUGGUUCUUUCGUCUCGAGGGGUUUCUCCACAAAAUGCUAUGCUAUGGAGUGUGAUUACAUCUUUGCCUCAGCCAAUUGUAGCUGUCCCCGCGUUUCUUUGCGCGGGCACAUUCCACAAGUUUCUGCCUUUCUGCACGGGCUUUGCUGCUGGAUGUAUGAUAUGGAUGGUAAUUGCCGAGGUUCUGCCUGAUGCUUUCAAGGAAGCUACUCCUUCUCAGGUUGCUUCUGCAGGCACUGUUGCUGUAGCCUUCAUGGAGACCUUGAGCACUGUUUUUGAGAAUCUAGGUCAUGGAUAUGGUUCAGAUGAUGCCUCUGGUUUCUUUGUUUCUUUACUAUUUGGCCUUGGGCCAUUGUUCGGUGGCAUCAUCCUUGUUGUUUUUGCGCUUGCCUUCAAUUUUCAGCACUCUUUCCUCACUGGUGUUGCCUCCGGCAUCUCCUUCCUUCUAGCUGCAUGGCGACCUCUACAACUUGUCUCCUCUUCCAAAAUGGGAUUCUUUACCCUUGUAGGGCUGCUCACUGCUGGUUCUGCUUUGUAUCACUUCACCACCUCCAACAUCUUGAAACUAUCACAUCGCAAGAAAGCCUCUCUCAAUGCUCUCGCUCAUGCUCCAGAUCUUCCGAGUGCUCUCACCCUCCAGUCCUUUUUUGCUUGUGGUGCCAUUGCCCUGCAUGCAAUGGCAGAAGGCCUAGCACUAGGAGUGGCAGCUCCAAAGGCCUACGGGUUAGGUAGGCAUAUGGUUCUUCCCGUCUCACUUCAUGGACUCCCACGAGGCUUUGCAGUGGCAAGCUGCAUCCUUGGUGCCACAGACAGCUGGAGAGCUGCUCUUGCAGCCGCUACCCUCACUGGUUUCGCUGGUCCUGUCUCUGCCAUUGGAGCCAUACUCACUGGUAUUGAUUACAGCGGGCUCGACUAUUGGUUGGUUCUAGCAUGUGGAACAUUGAUCCCGAGUUUUGGCAAUGUAUUUAGGCGGUCACUGAAAUUACAAAUGCGGAAAAGCCUUUAUGGGCUCCUGAUGGGGCUUGUUCUUGCCACAGUGUGUUUGACAUCCACCAGACUGGUUUGCUUGCACACUCCUUACUGCAAUUCAGCUCCAGAAGCUGUUAAAUGAGUUCACCAUUGAUUAUGUGGAUUAGCUUUUCACAAGUUAUUCACAUCAUUAGUACACCAUGAGUUCAAAACCAUAAGAUACAAUUAGGAAAGCUCAAUGUGACUGAAGACAGAGAUAUACUCAGAUACAAGACUUUUGUAAAUAAUUCAGUAAAAAAAUAUCAGUUAAUUUUCCGGGUUUUCCUUAUGUCCACCUUUUCAGCAGCCAUUUGAACGACUUUCACAUCAGCGAUGAGAUUGUCGUUUUUGUUUAUGAUUGAAAGAUCGGGAAUUACAAUACUCACCAGAAGCCAUUCUUUUUCGGAAAGGUUCAUCAGUGGAUUCUUACUAAAAAGCGAAGAUCAUCGGGUAUCUUUUUCUACCUUUCUUUUUAUUCAUUAUGGAGUGGUUAAGUUGCUGCACAGCCUGGAUUACCAAAGAAAAGACUUAAGAUAUUUUGAAGAAUAUCUCCUUUUUUUCAGUAUAUUGUUUGCACUGUGAUUGAAUGAAGCAGGAGAUUUGAAUUCCAGAUUCUUGACUUCUUUUUGAAGAUGCUUUGAUUCAUUUGAUAUUCUGAACCACGUGUUUCGAUUACUAGCAACCAAUGCAUGUUUUCACUUGUUGUUCUUUUUCUAUACCGCACUCACUCUAAAAGUUAGUUUUGAAUGCCCUUAGUCUUCCUGAAUUCACACUCAAUACUUUAGUUUUUAUGGUUGCAAACAUUACCCUACCUGAUGACCACCAUUAUGCUCUUUCAAAGAUGCUCUUUUUGCUUGCCUUUUCCCAGCUUAUAAAUGCAUCAUCUUCUCUUCUUCAUUCACUUCAAGAGAAAACAAGCCAUAGUUGUUGUUGUUGUUUUAAGAGUACAAUUAAUGGCUUAUGUGGUUUCCGGUGAGUCUGAGAAGAAAGGAAAGCCUUUGCCGAGGCGAGGUCAAGUCAAGUCAAAUAUUAUCGGUACGUUGGUUCGAUCAUUUACAAACACACAGAAGAGAGAUGACAAAACUCAAGGAGAUCAUCGUCGUCGUCUUCUGCCUACUGAUACGUCACCAUUUAGUCGAUAUAACUAGUCCUUCCAUUGAGCUAAUCGUUAUACUGUAAAAAAACCGUAUUCUUGUUUUCUUUUUUUUUUUUUUUAUCUUUUCUUUUUUCCUUCUGAAUUUUGUCUUUGGAGUUUGGAAUGAUUUACUUAUGAAUAAAGAGUAGCAUGUGUUUGUUA